AUGCCUGUGGAUAGCCUUCAAAGCCCUGACUCUUAUAACAAAAUUGCCCGGAGGGGCGUCAUGCUUAAGAUUGCGGAGGGCAGAGUGACUAUCAGAUGUGCUCAGGCGCUGUGCCUGUUAGCAUACUACAACUUCAUCUGCAAUACCCCCCUGGCUGGCUUCGACAUAGCAACGGUUCAGAACAUGAUACAACUUCUUCCCGGCAGUGACCGUAACACGAGUGGCUCAGUAGUUUCGCAAGACAAAUCCCGACUAUUCUGGAGUAUCCAGUGCUUAAGCUCUUCCUGCGGUAGGCCAGUCCUGUUACCGUCUAUACCAACAAGUAUCAACGCUCCUCAAAUGCUCACAGUCGAAACCCGAGAUUCUCUAGGAAGUUGCAUUCCAGCCCCCAAAGCCACAGGCUCCGGCUUGAGAGAGACUCUUGUUGACGUUUGGUCUCAGUCCCUAAAGAUUUGCGAGCUUUGGAGUGAAGUUAGGCUUUAUGUAGCCAAGUGCUUUGAAGGCCUGGCCAAGCGUCCCUGGCAUCCGGAUUCCGACUACACCAGACUUUGUUCGCGAAUGCUAGAGGUUGAGAUGAUAUGGCCAAUUUCCCUGAGUUAUAACGCAACAAAAUUCCCAGAGCAUUCUCCCCUGGAGGUAGAAAACAACCGUAUGGACUGGCUGCCGUGGCUCAGGGUUCAGAUGACCUACCAUACCAUUCACUGCGUCCUCAAUCACCCAUCACUAUAUACGGUCAUGGCUGAAACACCAACGAGUAGACUGGGAGGUGACUCAUUCUGGAGAGCAUCUUAUCUGAAAGCCUUAAGACACUGUACUUGGGUCUCGAGAUUGAUUCGAACAGCGGAGGAGAAGAACCUCCGACUGGCUGAUCCUUUCUUUGCCCAGGCAGCGGCCAUCGCCAGUACGCUGCAUCUAUACUGGACAAUGACGAAUGAUAGCCAAUUGCAGGCGUCUUCUGUGCGGAAUCUAGAAGUUUGCAGGAAUCUUGUGAGGGAGAUGGCAACAUGUUGGCCAGUAUGCAAGACAAUUGAACAUACUCUGGAUCAGUUCAUCGAGUCAACCGAUCGACCAACUCAAAUGGCGACUGACAAAUCGUCACCAGCCGUUGUGAGAACAUCCCUCAUCUGGGUGUUGCUGGAUGUAGCGGCGCCGCAAUUUCCCAACUACCAUGAUCAAAGCGUUCACGGCCGAGAUGUCUGGGGUGGUCAUGCAGCUACUCAAGACGAAGAUGGCCUACCAGGGUCAGAGGCUAGUUCACCGCCAACAGAUAUGCGUGAGUCAACAGCUCAAUAUGCGUCACCUCCAGCUUGGGUAUCUGAAAGGAUAGAUACAAACCCACAAGAGACAGGAGAGAAUGGGGCGGUUACGGCCCAGCAUGGGGAUAGUAAUGAACAUGUGACUACGCAUGAUUUGGCCUGGGGACCUUGGGAGAAUCUCGGACCGAUGGGGGAGAACUUUAGUAUGAACAUGGACUGGUGGGACAUGAAUCAAUUUUAA